AUGGAGGCGGCUGCUCGGCUUGUUCCUGCCGUCCACCAGGAGUCUCUUCUCCCUGCCCCACCGCAGGAGCCCCCCUUCCAGGUUGUACACGUCCACAGUGCCCGGGUCACUCCGCGUCGAAUCCCCGGCGAAGAAGUCGCACAGUCGCUGCGCCACCCGGCAGGCGUGGAACCCAACGGUGCAGUAACACAUCACCACCGUGCCAGUGCUGUCUGUGGGCGAGGCGGGUCACGUAGCGCUCAGGGAACAGCUUCCAGCGGCCUCCCCGCAGCGAGGAUGAACCCAAUCAUCUGGUGGAUCCGCAGCAGCUUUCAGUCCGUGCAGGAUAUGGGCUCCGACUCCCUGGUGCAACAGCUGGCACAGAAACCAGGACACGUCUUGCUGCUGGAUGUUCGGAGUGCGGCCGAGUAUGAGGUCAGUCACCUGGAGGGAGCCGUUCGCAUCGACCCGGACACCAGCGACGUGGGGACAGUGGUCAAGGAGCUGGGACUGACAGCCAGCGGGCCUGCCCGGGACGUGGUGUGUUACUGCACGGUGGGUUAUCGCUCGUCCCGGCUGGCACAGCAACUUGACCAGGCCCUGUCCACCGGAGCGCAGGGCAGUCCCGGCCCCAGCCCCAGCCCCAGGGUCUACAACCUGGAGGGGGGGCUGGUGAAGUGGGCCAACGAGGGCAAGCCCAUCGUGGACAGCGGGGGCAAGCCCACCCCCCUCGUUCAUCCCUACAGCGCCGUCUGGUCCUAUCUCCUGCAGCCUGAGUUCAGGGCCAAGAUAUGAGAGAGGGAGACUCUCCAGAAUCCUAACCCCGGACUCCUGACCUCCAAAUGUGGACCUGAC